UCUAAAUUUCUUAAGUUUUUUUUUAAAUAAUGAAAAAUUAUUAACAAAAUUUAUCAAUGGAUUAAAUAAAAAUAAAUAAUGUAUUAUUCAAAAAUAAAUUAAUCAAAAUUUACUAGUAAAUUUUACAAAUUUUAAGAAUUAUAAUAAAAAUAUUUAAGAAAAAAUUUUUACAAAAAAAAAAGAAGAAAAAGUAAUGUGAAAAAAUUAUUUUGUUUUGUGUAUGUAGUGGUGGAAAUAUUUUGUUGGCAUUUUUAUUAUUUAGGAAAUAUUUUUUUUGGUGUAAAGAAGUUUUUCUAAAAUCCUCCAAUAGUAUCGAGAAAUACCGCCUUUUGAUUUAUUUAUAGCCUAUUAAAUAUGAAACAAGAGUAACAAAACAAGAAAAUAAGAAUAAAAAAAUAUUUGUAUAAAAAAUUGUGUUUUUUUUUUGUAUAAAUUUUUAAUUAAAAUUGUAAAUAAGAAAAAAAAAAAUUGUUUUUAAAAUUAAAUUACAAUAUUUGAGAAAAAAAAAUUAAUUAUUAAAUUAAAAAAUAAAAAAAAAUUAUUUUAAAAUUUAAAACGAAAACAACAAAACAAAAAUAACACCACAAAAACGAAACUAGUAGAAAAAUAAAAAAUAAAAUAAAAAAUGGAUAUCGAUGAUGACAACAUUGAUUUAUUGGCCUCAGCAUCAGAAGUGCAGCGAAGUGAGUACAUUAAAGAUCGCCUUUAUUUUGUAGCCUUCAAAAAGAAUUUUAAACCAAAAAGUACAACAAAUACGCACUAUUUUAGCAUCGAUGAUGAGUUUGUCUAUGAGAAUUUUUAUAAUGAUUUUGGACCAUUAAAUAUAUGUAUGUUAUAUAGAUAUUGUCAAAAAUUAAAUCGUAAAAUGACAUCAAAAUGGCAUGCAAAUAAAAAAAUCGUACAUUAUACUUCAAUGAAUCCGGCAAAACGAUUAAAUGCUGCUUACCUGAUUGGUUCGUAUGCCGUUAUAUAUUUGAAUAAAACACCAGAGGAAGCGUAUAGACCACUUGUCGCUGGCGACAUACCUUAUUAUACACGUUUUUGUGAUGCCUCAUAUGGUCCAUCAGCAUACAAAAUAUCAUUGCAAGAUUGUAUAAAUGCUGUUUAUAAAGCACUCAAAGCUGGUUUCUUUGAUUUUGAAGAUUUUGAUGCUGAAGAAUAUGAAUAUUAUGAGCGUGUUGAAAAUGGUGAUUUUAAUUGGAUUGUACCAGAGAAAUUUAUUGCAUUUUGUGGUCCACAUCAAAAAUCUAAAACAUUAGCAAAUGGUUAUCCUUGUCAUGCACCCGAUACAUAUUUUGAUUAUUUUAAACAAAAUAAUGUUACGACUAUAAUACGAUUAAAUGCUAAAGUUUAUAAUGCAUCUAGUUUUGAGAAUGCUGGAUUCGAGCAUAAAGAUUUAUUUUUUAUAGAUGGUAGUACACCAAGUGAUUUAAUAUUGAAAAAAUUUCUUAUGAUAUGUGAAACGACAAAAGGUGCUACAGCAGUACAUUGCAAAGCUGGAUUAGGUCGAACUGGUAGCUUAAUCGGUGCAUAUAUAAUGAAGCAUUAUAAUUUUACAGCCCUGGAGGCUAUUGCAUGGUUACGUCUUUGUAGACCUGGCUCUGUUAUUGGUCAUCAACAACAAUGGAUGGAAGACAAACAAGCUUGGUUGAUAGCUGAAGGUGAAAGACAUCGAAAAAGAACAGGUACCGAUAUAUUAAAACAUAAAUACGGUAUUUAUAGUAAAAAAUUACGAUCAAAAUAUUUACAAAAUGGUAAUGAUGUAACAAAUAUUACAACUAGUUAUUUACCAUUGCAAUUAAAUGAAAAUAAUACCGAUAUUUUAUCGACAAGAGUGCGUGGCAUAUCACAAAAAGUUGAUACAAUGAAUCUUAAUGAUGAAGAAAAUUUAAAUGGCAAUCGCCCUGAUACCGAUAUGGUUGAUACAAUAUUUAAAUGUUCUGAUACAAAUGAAAAAUAUCCAAUAAGCAUUGAAGCUUUAGGAAUUGAACGUACAAAUAAAAAACCAUAUGGUUUAACAGAAAAAACAAAUAAUAAUAGUACAGGGCCAGCUGGCGGGGGUGGCGGUGGUGGUGUAGGUGGUGGUGGUGGUGGAGGAGGAGGUGGCAGUGUUGGUAUAUCAAAUACUAGUCCAAGAGCUUCGCCAAUAACAGCUGCUGUAGUUAAACUUACAACAGCUGAUAGAAUAAGAACACAAACUCAAGGUGAUAAAUUAAAUCAAAUUAAAGCUAUGAGAAGACAACAUAUUUCAAGAUCAUUAGCAGCUAGUGGGUCUGUUGGAGAAUGUGAUAAUCCAUUACGUUACACAAGAGCAAAAUCACAACAGCCUUUUCGUAAUAAUGGUAAUAUAUGUAAUACAAUUACAAACACAACAUAUUCAAUAACAAAAAGCGACAAUGGUAUUGUUACAACAACAGCAACAACACAUACAACUGUAGAUUCAAGUAAUAGCAAUAAUUCAGUUACAUCAUCACGUCUAACAACAAAUCGUCUUGCAGUUUAUAGCAAAAGAAUGAAUUUAAUGCAACUAAAUAGAAAAACUGAACAACAAUUACAACAGCAACAAUCACAAAAUUCAACAAAUAAUUCAACUGUAAAUUCAAAUUUAGCCACAACCGCAACGACUAAUACAAUUUCUUCAACAACACCAUCAUCAUCAUCUGUGAUUGUGUCGCAUGAUAUAACAGCACCAACACUAAGCAGCCUAAAUAAACAAACUAAAACUUAUAAUAAUCAAUUAAUAUCAAAUACAAGUAGUAACAAUAACAAUAAUAAUAAUGUUAUGGCAUCAAUAUCAGAAAGUAAAAUACCUAUUGUUCGUGAUGAGAGUGGUAAGACAUCAUCACGUAUUGGUAUACAUCAUAUGACGUUACGUCGUGGUAGAUCUAAGGCAAGAGUACGUACUUCAGUAAGUUUAGAAAAAUCAUAUCAUGAUAACUCAUGUACUGGUACAAAUAAUAAUAUAAAUAAUAAUUUUAAAAAUAAUAAUAAUAAUAAUAUGAAUAGUAGUAAUGCACAAGCAAUCACAUCUGUUACAGCAACUAUUUCAUCAAUACCAAUUGCAUCCACUUUUAGUAUUAUUAAUAAAGAAACUCCUACAAUAAAAUCAACAUCAUCGUCUCCAUCAUCUUGUCAAAUAAAUAAUAAUAAUAAUAAUAAUAACAAUAAUAAUAAUAUUAUUGUUGAUAAUAAUUCAAAUCGAAUCAUUAAUAAACUAAUUGAUGAUGAAAGUUUAGAUGACGGUGAUAGCAUUUCAUUAGAAUUAAAUAAUUCAUUAGCAACAAAUACAAAUAAUUAUGAUAAUAAUGAUGAAAAUCAACAAAAACAGCAGCAGCAGCAGCAUAAUCGACAAAAUCAGAAACAACAACAACAACAUCAACAACAUAUAUCAUCAAUACCAAUUUCAGGUUUAAAUAAUAACAGCUUUAAACGUGCUAAACGUUCACUUAGUAGUACCCGUAUUGAUAAAGAAAAAUGUGAUGAAUACAAUACAAAGUUAUUAAGAAAAACUGCUAAUAGUAACAUUAAUAAUAACAAUAAUAAUAUUAAUAAUAAUAAUAAUAGUAAUACAAGUAAUAAUAACAUUAAUAAUAAUAACAAUAAUAACAAUAAUAGCAAUAAUAAUAAUGAUAAUAAUAAUAACAGCACAGAAAAUAGAACAACACCAUCAACAACAAGUGGUAGUUCAAAUUCAUUAACUAGAAAUACAUCAGUAACAAGGAAAAUGCAUUCAUCAAACAUUCAUAACAAUAAUAAUAAUAAUAAUAAUAAUAAUAAUAAUAAUAAUAAUAAUAAUAAUAACAAUAAUAAUAUGGUUUCUGGUUGCACUAAUAACAUAAAUAACAAUAAUAACAAUAUUUUAGGAAAUGGUAGUAACACAAUACCAUGCUCAAGGGUCUCAAAAAUACCAGAACAAUCAUCGCUUUCAUUAAAAUUAAGAAAAAAAAUUAGUUAUUAAUUUUAUUUAUUUAAAUUUAAGUUAAAAGAAAAAUUAUUAAUUUUGCAUUUUUUUUUUGUUUGCAAGUUUUAAAAAAUUUUUUUUUUUUUUUUUUUAAAUUUUGAACUUUAUUAAUAAAAUAUGCAAUUAUUUAUAAUAAAACUAUUUUGUUUUUGACUUAAUUUUAAGAUUAAAAGUGCAAUUUAAGUGCAGUAUAAAUAAAUUUUAAUAGAAAAUGGUAAUAAUAAACUGGUCAAUAUAAAUUUUAAAUAGAUAUUUAUUUCAUUUUGCAUUUGACUGAAAAAAGUAUGUAAGAUACUUAAAAAUCGUUUCGAAAUUAUUGCAACAAAUUGGAUAUUCAGUUAUAAAUAUUGUACAGAUUAAAAUAUUUUAUUAAUUUUAGUUUUUUUAAUUUUAAUUUUUUUAAUUCAGACUUGAACAAAGAGUGUACUAAUAUAUAUCAAUAUUGUAUUCAUGUGAAACUUUUGAAAUUUUUAAGGCUCUAGAGUCUAGAUAUUUUAAAAUCUCAGUAAAAAGUUGUGAAAAAUGGAAUAAAAAAUAUUAA